AUGCAACCGCCACCGAGGAAGGGCAAUUAUGCGAAGUUUUUGAAAAAUGUACACGGUGAACAGGCUGCUAAACUAGCGGCUAAAAAUCAACAUGAGUGUGAUCUUCUUGAAGAUAUAAGAAACUUCACAUUGAAAAAGUCGGCUAUAGAAAAAUCAUAUUCUGAAGCAUUACUUAAAAUAUCUUCAGCGUAUUUGAAUAAGAAGAUUCCAAAUAUUCCAGAUUUAAAAAUAGAUAAUGCUGAUGAAAAAUGGAACAUGUGGAAUGUUUGGCGGACCGUAUUAGAAGAAAAUGAAAAAUUAGCGCGAGCGCGGUUGGCUGCUGUUGAAGUAUUUCAACAGCAAAUAGCAGAUGAUGCAAAAGUUUUACGUAUGCAUAAAAUGCAAAUAUCAAAAAAGGCAAUAGACCAACUACUGAUAGUACAAAAAGAACUACAGACGUGUGUACAGGAUGUCGAUAAAACAAAGAAAUUAUACCACGACGAAGAACACAGCGCUCAUGACGUUCGCGACAAAGCCAAAGAUAUCGAAGAAAAACUAAAGAAGAAAAAAGGAUCAUUUUUCCAGUCAAUAACUUCUUUGCAGAAAAAUAGCGCCAAGGUAACAUCAAAACGCGAUGCUCUGGAAGAAAAAUCAACGGGAGCGCGUAACGAUUACUUGUUGAGUCUAGCAGCCGCCAACGCCCAUCAGAAUCGCUAUUUCGCGGUCGAUCUGCAAACCACGAUGCAGUAUCUUGAGCAGAAUGUCUAUGACAAAGUUCAAGAGUAUUUGACACUUAUGGGUCGCACUGAAUUGCUCACUUGCAUGGCUACACAAAAUAGUUUUGGAAAAAUUCGUGAUCAAGCACAACAGUAUGAUUUCGAAGCUUGUGACAGUGAUCCAAUUGAUAGGGUAACUGCAGAUCAUUCGGCUGCAACAUCGCUGGGCAAAGAAGCUCGACGAUGGUCAUCAAAAAUAGCCCGGGAAGUAAGCAAUAUCCGUGAGAAUACUAGAAAAUUACACGCAAUGCUCCAGCUCAAGGAGUCAGGACAGAAGGCAAAUUUAGACACCAAAAUAGACGAAUUGAAGCACAAUAUUCGACGCGCUGAGACGGCCAAAAUGAAAGCUGAAGCUCGGAUCGAAUGUCUGCGUGCUGGCGGAGUUAACGUCGACGAGUUUCUGCAAGAGGCCGAGACUCUGAGCGUCCAGGACAUGCCUCGUUCGGCGAGCUCUUUGUCAGUACGUACUGACGCAUCGGGAGCUGCGGAACACCCGUCCUCGGAUUCAUUUUACGACAGCGACAAUGACGCCGGUAGCGAUUUAACGACCGUCGAGAGGCCCGGCAGUGCUCGUCAUUCCAGCCAACACGAGGAUGAGGUUUAUAAUGAACGCGAGAGGCAUGAUAGCGCUGAAGUUGAUGCUCUACUAGAAGAAGAAAAGCAACGAAUGGAACAAACAGUAGCAGGCUGGGACGAUCCAACCCAGAUAGAUUGGGGAACUACUGACGAAAAAGGAGAAGAAGUCACCGACACAGCAGCUGAAGUAUCUGAUCCAAACGCCGGUCUACAAUUAUUCAAAUGCACUGCUCUAUAUUCUUACACUGCACAAAAUCCGGACGAGUUAUCAAUAGUCGAGAGCGAGCAAUUAGAAGUAGUAGGCGAGGGCGACGGGGACGGCUGGCUGCGAGCCAGGAAUUACCGCGGAGAAGAAGGCUUCGUUCCGCAGAAUUACUUGGACGUCGAGCGAGAAGCUGUGGCCACAACGGGGCUGACAUCCCAGCCGGGACUGGUCACACAAAUUUCUUUCUCCUCGGUGGACUACACCAUCGACGACCAUGACGCGGUUGAUCCUGAUGCUCAUCUUCACGCGCAGCAAGAACCUGUUCCUCAGGAACCGGAACCAGAACCAGAAUCGGAACCGGAACCGCAACAACAACAACAGCAGCAGCAGGAGUAUCAACAGCAAUAUGUUCCUGAGGAUCCUGGGGCUUCGUACUGCAUCGCUCUUUAUGACUACGACGCGACUUGCGAUGAAGAGCUGACUUUCAUGGAAGGAGACGUGCUCAAGAUAAUCAAGACAGAGCCCCAUGAUGUGGACGACGGCUGGUGGGAAGGAGAGCUUCAUGGUCGCAGGGGAUUGUUUCCUUCGCUGGUUGUUGAACCCUGUGCUCCUGAUGGCGCUCCGCUGACUCCUGAAGAAAGCAUGACACCCCCUAGUUCAGCUCCGCCUGUUUUUACGCCUCCAGAAGUUCCUGAAUACGCGCUUACUGAAGAACUUGCUUUAGCUUUUGCAGCAGAAGAAGAAAAGCCGUCAAUAAUAAAUGGUGAAGUAGAAAACUUUUCUAUGACCAUGUCCAGAGACCAGAAAAGUCACUACGGAAGUCAAUUCGACGAGACCGGUGCGCCUGGAAUAGUCGUCGUUCAAGUGUCGGAUGAAGGCGACAAGGACCCGCAGGAUGAAAAAGUAAUAAAAGAUGGAGACCGGCCUAAAAUAAAACUAGAAAAAGUCGAAGACGACGGGGGCCUAGGUGUCGCGCAGAUCGUGAUAACCGCAGCGACACCUAUGGAAGAAAUCGAGCGACCUUUUCCCGGGGAAGAAGACGAUAAACAAGAUGGAAGUGAGGAAGAAGAAAAAAAAGUUGUCGAAGAAGUAGUCAAGGAAGAAAUAAUUAAAGAAGAAAUAAAAGAACAAGAACACCAAGUAACUCCGCCUAAUGAAGAAGUCGAAGAAAAGUCAACCGUGGACGACUUGCCAGCUGACUCGGCGCCAUUUCCUAUAAGCAGCAGCUCCGGAAGUGAAGCUGACUCGACAUCCGGGCCUAGCACUGCUGACAAUUCAGCGUCACUGCCUUCCCGAGGUACGGUUAUUGAAAUGCAGGUCGAGAACAACGAGACCAGCGACGAGCAGCCUGACAUCAUCCCCGAGAAGAUGUUGAUCGGCGGACGCGCCAGCAUACCUGAUGAGCUACAGCCAGACCAGCUGGAGAAGCUUCAGAACCUCAAGGAAUCCAAUGCCUAG